GUCUUUGCGAACGCGGGUUGAAGUUGUCUCCAACAACUUCAACUUACGACCUAACAACUACAUGUACACACCUUGGUCCAACCCACCUUCUUCAUUUAGCUGUCCCUCACUCUCCCCCUACAGACGAAGGCUAGGGUUUUUCCAAGAUGCCCAAAGUCAUCGGUCAUACUCCUCCCUGGCUCUCUCGUCCGUCGCCCGGCGCCAAAAUAUUCUCGGAUCCUGCUCCUCAAUCGCCCGCGUCUCCCUCAAAACGUUCGUCGUAUCUAAGUUCCCCGUCCUCAACCCACUAUCAAGGCCGCAGGAGGCUUGUAGCAAGCCGGGGAACAGAACUAUUUACCGUUGUGGGCAAUAAAAUCCGAUGGGCAGAUCUGGCGACCGUCCGGGAUGAGUGGGAAGAAAAUGCUCAGUCGGGAAGCAAUCGCUUUGGUCGUUCAAGAAUUGGAGGGACUGAAACCACGGAAGAAAGCAUCUACAGGACUCUUGAUGUUUCCAUCUACUAUCAAAUCCGCCAAAUCGCCGUAUCCCCUUCAGGCGUGUUCCUAGCCAUUUCAACCGAACAUACUGUCCACAUCGCAGUCCUACCCCCUUCGUCAAGGCUGAGAGAACACGAUCGCACACCUCUGAAACUCAAGACAUACCAGCUUGGACCGACUAUUCAUGUCAUCCCAGAAUCGCCGUUGUCUGCCGUGCUGUGGCACCCAUUGGCGGCUGCUGGCAUUUCGACCGACUCAAUCGUAACAGUCACUGCAGAAGCCGCUGUGCGUGUCUGGGAAUUGGACCGGGCCAACAAAUGGUCGUUCGAACGGCCAUCUCUUGCCAUUGAUCUACGCAAGCUGGCGGACGGUGUAUCAUGCGACCAGGACUUUGAGCCGUCGGGCUUUGGGAAAGCUCGUGGGUUUUCGGUGGAUGAGGUCGACAUGGAGGUUUCCGCUGCUUGCUUUGGCGGUCGUGGUCGCGACGACGAAGAUGCGUGGGCGAGCAUGACCCUAUGGGUAGCAAUGAGAAAUGGCGACAUAUACGCUCUAUGCCCAUUGUUGCCAUCCAAAUGGAAACCCACAUCAACAACUAUUCCGUCCUUAUCUACGACUGUAGUAUCCCGUAUGGCGUCAAUCGCGGGCGAAGAAGCAGAUAUGGACGAGCGUCGAGCAGUCGAUCAGCAAUAUGAGUGGGUACAGGAGAUCGACAAUGAAGAACCGCUUCUUAUGGAUUCGACGGAAAGUCUUGGAGAGUUUGAGGUCCGGCUGAGGCCACAAAAUCCAAGUGCUAUUCCACGACUUCAGGGUCCCUUUGCCAUCCAGCCUGAGGAUGAUGAACAGGACAUUGAGAUCUCGGAUAUCCUUGUUUUCCCAGCAAGACUAGACGGAGAUGAGCUACUCGGAGAAGACGAGUAUGAAGAUUUCGACCUGGGCGCAUACUCAGCCGUUCCUUUCACAACGCUGUGUGUGGCAACUCCUCAAGAUGAGAUGUGGGUUGCAAUCGAUCUUGACGGAGUUUCUGGUCAGUGGCUUCCUAGAAGAGGCAGAAGCGCUUUCAGUUUGCCGUCUUCUGAUGCGAAAGAACUGACACUGAUUGACACUUUCGCCUUUGAUGAUUCCAACAUGGACCCGGCAUCAAAUUGGCCAAUGUUCGCGGUUGAUCUGGUCCACGACCAUACCGCUUUCUUGACUACCUCCAGGCAGAUCUACUCUAUAUCGCUAAAUGAAUGGGUAACCCGAUUAGCCGCCGAACUCACAGGAACGGAGCCUGUGGACGCUCGUCUUAGGACACGUCUGGAGACUAGUUGUCAAGAUCAGGUGUGUGUCGUGAACAAGAUCAUCGACCUCCCGGAGACAAGCGAAGUACUUUCUGCACCUACUGUCAUAAACGAAGUGUCGCUAGGUUAUUUUCUCAUAGCGCCGACUCCUUCCACGGCGUAUGCAGUCUUCUUCGACCAGGUGCAUCUCCGGUCUUCUUUCAUCGAACCAUCGUCCCCUGAACUCACCGCCACCUCUCCGAGUCGUCUGAACUCCCAAGUGGCAAGAACAAACGGAGGAGAGGAUCAUGACGACCUGGAAACUUUGCCCACCAGGUCUCCCUAUGUCCCAGCAAAGAUAUUCUAUGCGAACCACCUCCAACCUUUGGAGCAGAUACGUCAAAGGCUCCCACCUAAUCUGAAGAGAGCCAUGCUCGAGAGGCCAAUGCGUCUGAGUCCAGCAAUGUUGGAGAUCAUGACCUAUGCCCAUCGGACCAUCGGUGCACAAUCCGCGGAGUUGGAGAAGGCAGCAGCAGAAUUGUUCCGCCGCUGCGACCGGCUCAGAGAGGAACUCGGCGACCAAGUUCGACAAAUGAGCGAACUGGCACAACGCCUGCAGACUCUCCGACCGACCGCAGAAGGCGACGAAGAAGACCAGGACGGACAACCCAAGGAAGCAAAGACACCAGACGCCAGACUGCAGCAGGCCAAGGAGAGGCAGGCCAACCUGAUGGCACGGUAUGAGGCGUUGAGAAGAAAAGUGGGACGUUUGGGAUCUACCCACAGAGAUCUGACGCCGAAAGAGAAAGCAUGGAUGGAGGAAAUCAGUUCUCUGGCAAAGAAUGUUGGGGUCGACGUUGAUGAUAAAGACGCCAAAUCCGCCACAGACGACGUCAAUUCUCGGUUGCACAAAAGAUUUGAAACGGUCAAACACCUCUCCCAAGAACUGCUAGAAGAGAGCAAGCAGCUCGAGAAGCAACAACAGGGAUCACAACAGCAGCAGCAACAACAAUCCCUGGGCGCUGCUCCCGACAGAGGCGACUCGGCCAUGACCUCUUCUCUGUCGGCAUCCGCGAUGUCCAUGGCUGGGUCAAGAUCUGUCCUCUCGACUAGCUCAUCCUCUGCUCUUACACAACCAUUUGGGGUCUCCAGCAGGCUGCAAAAAGAACGAAUCGCCGAAGUUAUGAAAAUGGUGGAGCGCGAGGGCGCCAUCAUCGAAGGCGUCAUGGAACGCCUGCAGCGUCUCAAGGCCGAGUAUUAGAUGUACUUGUUGGCCGUCGCCUUCGAAUGCAAACCUCCCUUGCUGAUAGUAACGAUGGGCUGAAGCGGAAGUGGAUUGAGCGCAACCAUCUGGAUCUGUCACUGGCUUGAAGACGCAUGCAUGCUCUGGAGGCAACUGACACAAACAGAGCGUGCUGGCAGAUUCGGUCGUUGGCCUUAUUUAGCUCCUUAUUUUCUUCCCCUGCUAUUCCGUCCAAUACGAGAGUCGACGCAUGUGAGAGUACGCUUUUGAGGCCCGGCGUCCAGUAUCUUUGAACAAUGUGGUUGCUACCGCCACCGUGAACUUUUCGCCGCUUUGGUUUUUGGAUCACGGCGGGCCUCUUUAUUGUAGCCUUUUCUGACUCCCGUACGCCACGCCCAAGAGCCCUCCGUGCUAUGCUAUGCUAUAAUGACACACUCUCCCC